GGGUGCGAUCCGCUGGCAGUGGUUUCACUGCAGUGGACGGCAGAAUUGCUGUGGUUUCAUCAAGGGCUGUUUGCUGCUUUGGCGGGGCACACAGUACUGGUGUCCUAGUUCUUUAUUUAUCCUUUUGCAGUUCUGCAGUUCUGCCUUUUCCACGAAUGGUUUGUAUAGGAUUUCUCCGAAAGCUCCAGAUUCCGCAGGCCUCAGACACGUUGGCUCGAGAUGCCGACACGGAAGGGAGCGAUGCGCAUGCGGAUGCUUCGGAAGGGCUCCAGUGAGAUGCUCAGAGGAAACACGGUGGACAGUGUGUUGGAGCAGCUCAAUGAACGGUAUGUGAAGGACUUCCUCAAGAAGCACGGCUUUUCAGAUGUGCAUUGCCCCAAGGCAGCGACUGCGAUUGAUGGACUGGAGGUCUAUCCGGUGCAUGUGGCUGCUCAGCAGGGAGAUGACGAGACCCUGCGGAUCCUUUUGGACGUGGGCGCUGAUCCAGAGGUGACGUGCCAAGGACGCACUGCUGCAGAUUUUGCGCAGGAAGUGAACGUCAAUGGUUCACAUGUCCACGUCCUCAAUUUGCUGCAGAAAGCAAUUCAAGUCACUGAGGUUGCGGUGUAGGGCUCGCUCAGCUUUGAAAAAGGGCUCCCUGCACUCAGCCUCCU